CACCCAUGUGCCUGCAUGUGCUGUGUCUUUCUAUUAAAGGCCCACCAUUUUCUCUUUAACAAAAUAAAUGGUUGUGUUUUCAGCACUUUUCUUCUCCUUCUCAUAUUCCAUCCUUUCUUCUUCAUUGUUUAUUUCAACCCCAACUCAACAAUUUUUAUUCUAAGAAUGCAAAAUCAUAACUCACUCAAGAAAGAGUUCUACAAGAAAUGGAUAACAAGUCUUCAAAUAUGCAACUUCGUCUCGAAACCGAAAAUGAACUUGUUGGAAAGGAAGAAAGUGAUAAAACUAUCAGCUGACUUAGCCAUGGCUUCCACGUCUCGAAAGCGAACGUGGAGCCGUGCCCUCAUCACCAAGGCUACUAAAAACCGCGAAACCGGGACUUUGGCUAAGCAAAUCUUGGGUGACAUAACAACAACAACAACAACAACAACAACAACAACAACAACAACAACAACAACAACAACAACAACAACACCAACAACAACAACAACAACAACAACACCAACAACAACAACAACAACAACAACACCACCAACAACAACAACAAAAACAACAAGAAUGCAUAAAUCACGAGCGAUUUUCGUUCGAAGAAAUAGUCAUAAUAAUAAUAAUACUCCAAGGAAGAAGAUAUGCAAGUCAUGGUCUAAGAGACAUGGAUGUAAAAAUAAAAAGGUGAAAGCUAAAGCUAGGUCAAUGGCAAAGAGAAUGGUGGAGAAGAGAAGAGAAAUACUAAAAGGGUUAAUACCAGGAGGAGAAUACAUUAUGGAUGAAUAUUCUUUGGUUAAAGAAACACUUGACUAUGUUGUCUCACUUCAAGCUCAAGUUCAUGUAAUGCAACAUCUUGCAAAUUAUCCUCAACUCUUUUAUUAUUCUUAAUUAAUUAAUUAAUUAAUUAGAAUUAUUUACCCAUAAAAUAUUAAUUAUAUAUAGUGUUAUUUAUA